AUGGAGAAAGAAGACCCCACAGGCCCCAAAUCAGGGGAGGUAUCAGAGGGGAGAGGAAAAGCCCCUCACAUCCUCCAGGUUGGGACUCUGAAGGAAUUCCUGGAAAGGAGGCCAGGAGAUUUGAUGCAUCGGCAAGCAGGGGAGAGUUCCCCUUCCCUCAUACAGUGGGAAGCCCUGUGGCAGGAGUUCCUAAGGACAGUGGAAAACCCUCACUCUUCACCGGGAAUCCCUCCCUUGCCAAAGAAACGUUCACCCUGGGAGGACACGAAGGCCUUUCUGGCCUCGUUUGAGCAAGUGGCCGAAGCCUGUCAGUGGCCCCAGGAAGAGUGGGUGACCCGACUCCUCCCAGCCCUCAUUGGAGAAGCUGAGCCUGCCUUUAGCAGCCUGGAUGUCCGAGACAGAGAGGAUUAUGGGAAGGUGAAGAUAGCCAUCUUGCGAUGGGACGCCCUGAACCGGGAGAAGCAGCGUCAACUGUUCAGGUGUUUCAGCUACCAGGAAGCUGAGGGGCCCCGCGGGGCUUACAACCAACUGCGAGAAAUGUGCUGUGGGUGGCUGAGAGUGGAGAAUCACAGCAAGGAGCGGAUCCUGGAGCAGCUAUUGAGUAUCUUCCCCCUGGAGAUUCAGAGCCGGGUGAGGGAGAGCAGCCCCGAGAGCUGCUCCCAGGCGGUGGCCCUGGCCGAGGAGAUCCUCUCCAGGCAGGAGAAGCAGGUUCCCUUGGAGGAGGCAGCCGGGAGCAUCUCUGAGGCAGUCAAGGCUCCAUCUGAGAGUGAGCAGAGGCAUCCCUUGAUGGACAUUGAGGAAGAGGAGGAUGGAGAGACCAGCCCACUGGAAAUCAGGGUGGUUCCCUUUGGACUGUUUGGUUUCUUUGAGAAGGCUUUCCCCCUGUUUUUCAGGGGCUGA